UCCUUCCCCCAAAAGGCAUUGUUUUCCUGAGCUAUGAUUGGACUUUUGAGCUUUCUUGCUUGCUUCGUCUUCUAGAAAAUUCCGACGACUUCUAGUCGCAUACUAACAAAUCUCCGGAGUCCAGAACGACUUGGAAGAAUUCCAUCUAUCGCGUCCGGAAACAAGAACAAGGAGGAAUAGGAGAGGAAGAAGAGAAUUAUGAGGGAAAGAACUCAUCUGUCUCUUGUUUCUGCUUUCGUUCUUCGUUUUUUAGCAGAUUUCUUGACGGCGCCGCCUGCUUGGAGAUCACCUCCCCCCAGAAGAAUUGUUUUUUGAGCGCCGUGAUCCGCAAACAAAGCGGUCUCCGUCGGAAGAGGGAGCGGAUCCGUCGAGCUCGUCCUCGGAGAGGCGAUUUGGCGGUCGGACUCAAGCUCGCCCUGAUCUUCAUGCGAGUUCUGGAGCUGUCGUCCCGAUUGGCCGAUGGAGAUGGAAGGCAGCGGCUCUCGAGGCAGUUCGAACUCGCCGCCGCCGUUCCUCGUCAAGACGUACGAUAUGGUGGACGACCCGUCGACGGACUCCGUCGUCUCGUGGAGCGCUAGCAACGCGAGCUUCGUCGUCUGGAAUGCGCCGGAGUUCGCCAGGGAUUUGCUACCGAGGUACUUCAAGCACAAUAAUUUCUCCAGCUUCGUCCGGCAGCUCAACACUUAUGGCUUCAGAAAAGUAGAUCCUGAUCAGUGGGAGUUUGCAAAUGAGGAUUUUGUACGAGGACAGAGACACCUCCUGAAGAACAUAUACCGACGCAAGCCGAUCCAUAGCCAUUCGCUGAAUUCUUCAUUCGACAAACAGGAGCUCGAGGAAGAGAUCGAGAAGCUUAAGCAAGAGAAGCGCAGGCUUUGGAACGAGAUCCAGAGGCAUACACAGAAGCAGUUUGGAUUAGAAUGCCAAAUGCAGUCUUUGGAGGAAAGGUUGCAGGUCGUCGGAAAUCGACAGAAGGGUUUGAUGUCAUUCAUGGCCCGAAUCAUACAAAACCCUGUUUUCCUUUCUGACCUCGUGCAACACUCUGAUUUUCACACCAAGAAGAGGAAAUUGCCGAGGAUAGACUACUUGAACGAGGAUAUUUGCGCCGAAGAACAGCAGGUUGAAACUUUCCAGGCCACCUCGAGGGAGCAUGCAUUCGACAUGGAGCCAUUCGAGAAGAUGGAGUCAUCUCUGAAUUCUUUGGAGAAUUUCUUCAGAGGUGUUAGUCAAGCAUCCGGGGAUGACAUGCCCUACGACACACUCGUUCCUUGCCUGCCAUCUAACGUGAUCAUCUCCGAGAUGAAUGCCUCAUCAGGAGAGACCGAUGUGGAUCCGCAAUUGAAACUUCAGCAUUCUUCUUCACCUCCCUUAGAAAACAUACAGUCAUCACCGGAAACUCCCGCAAACGAAAAAGAAGUGGACUCCGGCAACAGAUUUUCGGAAAUUGAUGUGAAUUUGGAGCCAGAUUCUACCGAGAUCGAUUCAUCAAGAGAUAUUGGGAGCACAAUCUCUGCAGUGCCUACGGGGAAGAACGAUGUGUUCUGGGAACAAUUUCUCACAGAGAUUCCAGGUUCCCACGAUACGAAAGAUGCUGAGCCGGCGGUAACUGAUUAUUAGGUUGUUUAGUACAGUUCUAAGUUAAUAAAUUAUUAGGCUGUUUUCCUGCACAAAACAUGGAUGUAACUACCUGUGCUAUCAGUUCAGCUUCCAUACUUACAUUAGAAAAAAUGGCUUCUGUUAGUUUCGUGAUCUUAACUUCUGACGUAGAAGGAUAGUCAAGCAGUCGAUUGCAGUCAAAGAAAGUUCUUCACGAGAUGCAUUUGACUGUCUGUUCACAAGAUACAUUUGAACCAUUGUUGGUGUUCUAUGGACUGGUCAAAUUUUGAUCACAUUUGGAGA